AAACGUGAGCACGAGACAUAACAACCGUUGUUCAAUGUAAGUUAUCGUUCAAAUAAUAAUAUGUUUUGAUGUAAUUGAGUCAUAAAUCACACGUUGAAACAUACUUUAUUACUCUAUUAAGUCUGGAAUUCGUAAAUCGAACGCCCAUCCAUGUUCUGCCUUGCUAAAAUGCCUUUUUUACAGACCUUGUCGGUAUUCGUGUUGUGUUUUUGCGCGUGUCAUGCUACACAAUCCAAAGGAGUAGUUUCCUUAGACUCGUUGACUUUUGACAAGGUUCUUUCAAAAUUUAAAGUGUCAAUUGUCAAAUUUGAUGUCUCAUAUCCAUAUGGCGAAAAACACGAAGAAUUUGUAAAAUUAGGUUCUGCCUAUCAAUCGGUAGAAGAUUUGCUUGUAGCUGAAGUACCAGUAAAAGAUUAUGGAGAUAAAGAUAAUGAAGAUUUGGCCAUCAGGUAUGGUGUAUCAAAAGAAAAUUACCCAGUCGUGAAGUUGUUUGUGAAUGGCCAAUCAGAGCCGUAUGUGUAUAAUGAUGAAGAUUUCAAUCAGGAUAAAUUACAAAAGUUUGUUGUUAAGCACAGCAAGGAAAUUUUGUACAUCGGACUUCCAGGUACAUUAGAAAAGUUUGAUGGUUUAGCAUCAGAAUUUGCCAAGGAAAAAUCAGUGGACAAACGUAAAGAAAUAUUGCUGAGAGCUGAGAAGUUGUGGGAUAUCAGUGAAGGCAAGCAGAAGCAAAAGUCAGCUGAGGUGUAUGUGAAAAGUAUGAGAAAAGCUUUGGAAAAGGGUGACGAGUUUUUCCAUACAGAAACUGUUCGCAUCAACAAUGUGCUUAAGGGUUCAAUGACUAAAGAAAAAAAAGCUGACUUAAGUGUUCGUUUAAACAUUUUGGAGUCAUUCAAAGUACAACACGAUGAAUUGUAAACUUCUUUGUUAGAUAGACUACUUAUUUUAAAUGAGGUAUUUUUGGGGGUUGUGAUAUUUUUGUAAACUAUUUUUUUUUAGUUUUUAAAAAGAACAUAUUUUUAUUAUUACUUCAUCGAUUAAUGAUGCACAUCAACAGAAGUGGGUUUAUAUUUUUGCAUGUGUUGUCAGGCACAUAUACAGGGGGUUGGGUUAAGUUCAAAUUCCCCCGAAAUAUUUUCAAGUAAAGAGGAAAAAAUUGUUUUAUCAUGUUUCAACACAAUUUGUAUUGCUAAAUUUUGUACCCCCCUCAAAUUUUUUUUUUAUACGUGCCUGUGUGUUGUACACAAUAUAAAA